CCAUUGCGUUAAAUUCCGUUAUUGUGUUUAAUGUGUUUAUCACAUAAAUUUACGGAAAUCUAAAUUGUUAUUAAAAUGUACGAGAGUGGAGUCAUUUCCGAAGAACCUGUUAACUAUAAUUUAUUAUUUUGCUACGCUUGUCUUAGCUCUAAUAGAACUUUAACUCCGGUUGGAGAUUACAUGAACAUUUAUCUCGACAUUUGCGGUAAUUCACGAAUGAACUUGACUUCACAAAUAAACUUAUGCUGGGAGUGCCUGGCGCUGCUCAAGAAGGUGCGGGCCUUCAGCAGGAAGGUUGAGAAUGCGCAGAAGAUUCUGGACUAUUGUGUCGAACAGCAAACUCCACUAGAAAAUAAUCUCUCCAACCUAACUCUCUCUAGCAUUGAAACCACAACAUUUGACUUACCAGUCAUAGAUGAAGAUAAUGACUAUGAAAACUACCUAGAGAACAACAUAAAAACUACAGAAUACAGUGAUUUAGACAAAAGCAUGAGAAUUGAAGACCCAUACAUGGACAAGUCUGAUUUGAGGCACGAAGACUCAUACAAUGAACUAAUGUUUAAAAUAGAGGAUGUGAGAGGGCAGUGUGAUAUACUACAUGUGCCUAUAAUGGAUCUGUCAGCGAGUUCGGGCGAGGUAAAAGUUAAAAUAGAACACCUGGAUUCGCCGGAAGGUGAGGAGGAGAGGCAGCACCGCCGGUGGCAACGCUCCGCCAUGCUGGUUUAUAAGAGGAUAUGCAGUCACCGCUACGCACAACACUUCCAGCGACCCGUGACGGAUGAUAUGGCACCGCUCUACAGCCGCAUUAUACGUCGGCCCACAGACCUCUCCACCAUCAGAAGGAGGAUCAAAGAUGGCGUCAUCAGAACGACGGCCGAGUUCACACGCGCGUUGCUGUUGAUGUUUUCCAACGCGCUGAUGUACAACAGCAGCCACCACUUCAUCUAUCAAAUGACGCUAGAAUUUCGGGAAGAGACGCUCCGUGAGCUGUCGCUAAUGACGUCAGCGGAAGAGGAGGCGGGAGCGGAGUGCCCCCUGGCGCGGCUCCUGCGCUGCCACGCCCCCGCGCCCCGCGGCCCCGCGCCCCCCGCCCCCGCGCCUCCCGCCCCCGCGCCCCCGCCGCGCCCCAAGCAUGCGUACCCGCGGCGGAGAGCUUCAGUGACCACAACAGAUCGACCACAACACGAACACAUCAAACGACCUGCGGCACUGCGCGCCCGCCGCGCCACCGUGUACGUGCCCGCGGACCCCAAACCGACGGAGCCACGAAAACGAACUAAGUCGGACUGGCCCAGCAUAGAAGACGAAUACCUAAUAGCCAAGAAAUACAAGAAUAGCGUUGCUGUGUUAUAGAUAAUAAUUAAUUUUUACUAGUGUUGUGAUAAUUUGCCCUUAUCUGGGUCCUACAGUCAUGGAG